AUUAAAUGUUACUAAAUAAAGUGAACAAUUAGGACAAUCAUUAGAUUUAAAUUAUAAUUUUAUGUUUGUUUAAUUUAACAAUGAAAUCUAUUAAAAUAUAAUAUACAAUCAUUAAUAACAGCGUCAAAUAUACGAAAUGUUACAACAUCGCAAUAGUUAAUCGUGUUUAUUAUUUAAUUUUAUCUACUUCUAUUAAAAAUUAAAUUUAAUAAUAGAUAUGAUUGUACUAAUUUCAAAAAUAUUAAAUUGAAAAUAUUUUUAAAUUUCAAAAUUUUUUGGCUACUUUAUGCCAUGCGCAGUUUUGCAGUCUACAGGUGGUUCAGUUUUGAAGUUAUUAUUGUACAGAUUUUUUCUGUAUUUAUUUUCAAUAAACAAAACAAUAAACAAAUAUGUAACAAAUAAGCUCAGUGUUUCUGAUUCCACUUUUUAUUAUUGGUGUGACUUUUACCUAAAACGUCACAAAAAAUAGCGGGAAAACACCAAACCUAGGCAAAAAUGAACAAAGAACAGCUAGCCCAAGUUGAAAAACUCUUUUCCGAAGUUUCAAAGAACAUACAAUGUUCUAUCUGUCACAAAACAGUCACCGAGUCGUCUGUGGACUUGAUCUGCAACCACAUAUUCUGUCAAACAUGUUUCAACAAAUCAACAAAACGAAAAUGCCAGGUCUGCCAAAAAGACUUAAAACUAAAAAGAAAUCAUGCCUGGCACAAUCCAACCAUCGAUAACCUGGGGUCAACCUUCCUUCAGUUCUGCAAUAAAAUCAAAACAAACCAUAAUGUGUCAUUAAUUCCCGAACCACAGGACUCUGACAGCGACCCGGACAUUAUCAGCUUGACAAAACCUGCGGAAGGUAAGCCCCGAAGGACCUACACAAGGAAAAGCAAAGAUCUCAACUCCAGCAAUAAAGAAAACUCCUUCAAUGCCCUCUUAGAUGACCUUAACGUGUCGCAAAAACGCAAUAGACGCAGUAAAGAGGCACUAGCAGUGAACAAAUUGUCUGUGAUUGAGUGGCUGUCUAGCACAAAGAACAGGUUUGACAUACUAACGCAGACGCAACAGCUUGUGGACGAUUGCUUGGACGUUGAGGGGCCCUCACCCUCAAUUUCACAAUUGCCUAAGGUGCUUCUGGAUGGUAACAGAAAGAGGUGCAAGUCUUUGGAGGUGAAAAUUGAGACCCUACCUGAUAAUGUUAAGAGGCACACCAUUUGCACUGACAUACCAGUUGAACAAAAUUACGCGAUGGAGAAUGUGAGUACUGAGGAACUGAUCAAAAGAGCUGAGGCUAAGGUUAUAGAGAACCUGAUUGAGGAUGAGUAUUUGGACAAGUUGGAGGCUGAAAUGAAGGAGGUGGGCACCAACAGCAGUGUGAGCCCAUCAGGCUGGGACAGGAUGAAGGACAUCAAUGCCAAGAUAUCCAGGAAGUCUGCCAAGAAACUCAAGGUGGAACUGAAUAAGGGCACAGCCAGCGAAGCUGGACGCAAACGUGAUGAGUCUGACAAGAGAAUUGCCGUUGAACAAGCUAUGAAAAGCGACAACAAUGUAAUUCGAAUUUUAUUAGAAGAACAGUACAGUCCACAAGACAUAUGUGCAUCACCAGAUGACAAUAAUUUACAGAGACAGAUAGGCACAAUACAUACAAUUCUCAAAAAAUGUAUAGCACGUUUGGAAAAAAAAAAACGCCUAACUGCGUCAGAGAGUUUGUUACUUUCUGAUUUAAAAGGCUGUGAGAAACAAGUGUCACAACUACAAUUACCAAAUGAAAUAAUUAAUUCAACACAAAAAGGCAUCCAAAGAGUAUCAAACACAUCAGAAAAAGGCACCUCCACCAGCCCAAAUUUGACUGAAACUGGUUGUCAAACUGCUGAAAAUGAAACAAAUCAAAUAGAUGUGCCAGUUAUAUCAAAUAAAAUUACUACGAGUCAAAAGAGUGUGCAAACGUGCAAAACUUUAGUAAAAAGCACACAAACUAGUCAAAACGUUAAAGAAAAUGGAGUCCAAACAAUUGUAUAUAAGACAUGUGAACAACACACCCAAACUAAUUUACAAUCACUAAAUAAAACGGUACAAACCGAAGUCUGCAAAGUCACCGAAAGAAAACCUCAAGGUUCGAACGACGGAUGGGACGUGGGAAACUUCAGUUCGCAGGAAAUAGCCGCCCUAGAAGCCAAACUGCAGGACAAACCGGACAUAUUAAAGAUAUCACCGAUAACUGUGCCUGAUUUCAACAGACAGAAGUCCACGCCCAACGUGCUGUCGAGCGAUUCGUUGGAUAAUUACAACAUCAAUUCGCAGGAGAUCGUCACCCGGGCUCUGAUACAUGAUGAACCGCAGUCGAAGAAGCCGAAGUCCCACAAGAGGCCGAUGGUCAUCGACUCGGACAGCGAGGAGGGGAUACCGCGUAAAAAGGCGUGUUCAAAAUUUUUGAGGACCAAUCUGAGCAUCAAGUUUGACUCGCAGGAAAGUGAGGAGGUCGAUUAUGAUGAUUGUCUGGAUAAAAUAAUGAAGAUGUACGAUAAUCCGCCCAAUGAAGAAGUAGCGGAGCCUCCAAGGAACGUGGAUGAGGAAGCAAAAGUUUCUGAAACUAGUAAUGUUUUAUUGGAAAGAUUACCCAGUUCUGGUAAGCUUGAUGAUGACAAUUACUUCGACGAAAAUUGUCUGUCUAAACUAGAUAAGGACAUAGAAGAAUUCGAGAGGUCGUCCAAAAACAUCAACACAGACAUUUCGGACAUAAUCUACGAGACAGAACAACCAGAACCACCGAAAAAGGCUAAAGGUAGAAAACCAAAAGGCCUGGGUAAAAACAAGUUAUUACAACAUGAUUUUAAAGAAGUCAUGGACGUAAAAAUUGAACAUAAAGAUAAUGUUGCCACUAAAAUUAAUAAAGACAUUACCCAUUUUAAUGAUGACAUGGACAUAGAAAUUCAAAACAACGGUAAUGCACCCACUUCAUCUAACAACUCGCCUAAAAUUAACAUCUUACAAAACAUCUUGUUGUCCGCAGAAAUUUCAGCGUCAGAUCACGAAGACGACGACGACGACGAGGACGUCAUCGAGUGCACACCACCGCAUUUACCCGAAAGAAACGCAUCUCAGUCUCUAAACACGGACGAUUUUGCAAUUGCCCUUCCGCCUCCGGCGGAAUUCUGCGACGAUCCGCCCCCGGCCGAAUUCUGCGAUGAUCCGCCGCCGGUAACGCCUCCCAAUCAAUCUCAACCCACUUCCCAAGCGUUGAACACCUUGAACAGGAAGGGGAGCCUUCCGGAAAUCAAUUCCCGUACCAGCACACCUAGUUCAAAAGACCACAAACCGGACUUGCCGUUUUCGCCCAUUUUCUCGCAGAUCAGGAACAAACUGGCCAGCCAACCGUUGGACACGCCCAAGGGUAAAAAGGGAAUGUUGAGCUCCAUUCCGGGGCAAAGAAGUAUGUUUAGUUAUGUGCAGCAGUCGCCGAGUACGUCCUUCAGUAACGUCAGCCAGGAAAACCUCAAUAGUAGCAUCGGCAGUAAGCCGAUGGUUACAGCAACGAGGUUGGACAAAAUGCAGCUUCUGACCAUUUCGACGUUGGCCCACAGGAAGCUGGUCACUUUCUCGCCCACCUACAGUGAGUCUGUGACUCACUUAAUAGCCAACGUUGACGAAAACAACUGCGUGGAGGAGCACACCAUGAAGUUUAUUCUGGCUGUUGCUUCAGGGGCUUGGGUUUUGAACUAUAAUUGGGUCAAGGACUCCCUGGCGCAGAACAGGCUCGUUCCAGAAGCUCCUUAUGAGGUGCUGGAUGGAACUGGCAUUGCUGGCCCAAAGAUCGCAAGACUUUCGAGGCUAACUAGGCCUUUGUUCAAGGGCUUCAAGUUUUGUUGUUUGCCCCCUUUCCAGUCCGCAGUGAAGGACGACGUGGAGAAAGUCAUCAAAUUAUUAGACGGAAAAGUCGUUCCAGACUUGAAUUCGAUGAACAACUUUGGGGACGGUUUGCAUGGAAUAAUCGUGUCCGAAAUUGUCGGAACUCAAGACUUCGAAAUCUACGAAAAAUACCUCGAAAAGUACAGAUGUAUAACGGUUGAUUUGGAGUGGAUCAGUAAAUCGGUGGCUCAAUACAAAUUGACCAGCGUCAGGCCAUUUUUGUUGUGCUCCGAAGAUUAUCUUUCCCAGUUAAGAUAUCCUCAAGAGUUAUUGGAGGAGGUGCCAUUGAGUGGAACUGAAGAUGACCUUUAAUUUUUUUUUGCCAUAAGAAGUUUAAUUUUAUUUUGUUUUCAGAAUUUUAUUAUGUUAACCAUUAAACUUUAUCACUAACUGUUUUUUAAAUUCCAUUGUACUGUGGAGUGAAGUUGGACCACUUAAGUCCAAUAUCUUAUUUUUCUCAGUUAUCAUUAGAAGUUAUUGGAGGAAGUGUCAUUAAGUAGAAUUGAGGAAGAGCCGUGCCAUAUGAAGUUUUAUUUUAUUUUUCAGAAUUUUAUUAUGUUGACCAUAAAACUUUAUCACUUUAA